GACCCCCCAAAAUACAAAAAUCAGGGGUUAUGUGGAGCAAUAGGGGCCCCCGCCCCAGUUAUCUAUUCAUAUCUAUCGAUUUACUUACCGCAUUUCUAUCCUGCCCUUCCCCCGAGGAGCCCAUCAUGGUUGCAUUUCUGCUCACAACAACCCUGCGAGGUAGGCCACGCGGCCGAGAGCGACGUGGCUGGCUCGGAGCCUGCCCAGUGAGCUUUGUGGCUGGAUGGGGAUUUGAACUUGGGCCUCCUGGGUCCUAGUCCCAAUGCUCCUAACUAAUCCUUGGUGAACAAUAUUAUAAGGAUGCGAUGGAGCAGUGCCACAACUACAACGCCCGGCUGUGCGCGGAGAGGAGCGUCCGACUGCCGUUCCUGGACUCUCAGACGGGCGUGGCGCAGAGUAACUGCUACAUCUGGAUGGAGAAGCGGCACAGGGGACCAGGUUUGGCGUCCGGCCAGCUCUAUUCCUACCCAGCUCGCCGCUGGAGGAAAAAACGCCGCUCCCACCCUCCCGAGGAUCCGCGGCUCUCCUUCCCUUCCAUCAAACCAGACACUGAACAGACUCUCAAGAAAGAGGGCUUGAUCUCUCAGGACGGCAGCAGCCUGGAGGCCCUCCUGAGGACGGACCCCCUCGAGAAACGCAGCCUGCCCGACCCGCGCACGGACGAAGACAGCCUCGGCGAGUUCCCCGUUGCCAACAGCCGAGCUCGGAAGAGGAUCCUUGAACCGGACGACUUCUUGGAUGACCUGGACGAUGAGGAUUAUGAAGAAGAUACCCCGAAGCGCCGAGGCAAAGGCAAGGCGAAGGGCAAAGGAGUCGGAAGUGCCCGGAAGAAACUGGAUGCAGCCAUUUUGGAAGACCGAGACAAACCGUAUGCCUGUGACAAUAGUUACAAACACAAGCAUACCUUGAAACCUCCUGACCGAGUCUGCGGGAAGCGUUACAAGAACCGUCCGGGACUGAGCUACCACUACGCCCAUUCCCACCUGGCCGAGGAAGAAGGCGAGGACAAGGAGGAUUCGCAGCCUCCCACCCCUGUCUCGCAGAGAUCCGAGGAGCAAAAGUCCAAGAAAGGCCCCGAUGGCUUGGCCUUACCGAACAAUUACUGCGACUUCUGCUUGGGAGACUCCAAGAUCAACAAGAAGACCGGGCAGCCUGAGGAACUGGUGUCCUGCUCUGACUGCGGGCGAUCAGGUCACCCAUCUUGUCUGCAGUUCACCCCCGUCAUGAUGGCGGCCGUGAAGACCUACCGUUGGCAGUGUAUUGAAUGCAAAUGCUGUAACAUCUGUGGGACCUCUGAAAACGAUGACCAGCUGCUCUUCUGUGACGAUUGUGACCGUGGCUAUCACAUGUACUGCCUCACCCCGCCCAUGUCGGAGCCCCCGGAAGGAAGCUGGAGCUGCCACCUGUGUCUAGACUUGCUGAAGGAGAAGGCCUCGAUCUACCAAAACCAGAACAACUCCUGAUUUGGUGCCGGGACAGCCGAGGAGGAAACGGGGGGGUUCGGGAAGCGCGACCUUCACCUGCUUGCUGCAUCGCGGGGCUCUCUUUAGGUUCUCGGUUUAGUCUUUCUUCCGCCACCUCCCGCUCUCGGUCAGUUUGUCUCCUUCGCCAGUCUGCUCAGACCCGCCCGCUGGUUCUUGUCCGCCAUCCUCGGCACGGCUGUCCGGGGCCGAGCCGUCAUCAUCUCGCCGCUGCUAAACCAGGACGACGUGCUCCUUCUUUCUCGAGACCCUGGCCCGCCUUGGGAGCUUUGGGCUUGAGACCUCGGCCGAAUCCAAGAAGUGGUCCCCCUUGCCCCGUGACUGACUGCGGGGAACCAAACGGAGACCGUCCUAUAUAUAUAUAUAUAUAUACACAUACAUAUACAGCCUUAAUUCUCCAAGAGAAAAGCAAAGAGCCUCUCUCGCUGAGCUGGGCGAGGGUCUGGGAGAAGCAACGGUGUCCGUCUCAUCGGUCUGACACUGUGCCGUGUCGGGCGGCAGCCGAAGCCGCCGGGCUGCUUUCUCUACACCGUGGAGCCAGCAAAGCAAAAACGGAGUGUGGAUCUUCUCCACCCCCACCCCUCCCCAAAUCGCAUUCUGACAUACCCCAGUUGCCUGGAGACAGAGGGGGAGAGAGUUGCAAACCCGUUGCCUUCUCCCCCACAAGAAGAUGGUUCCGUUGCCAGCAGGGUGGGAAGCGGAUCUGCCGCUCGUCUCGAGCCGCCCGGAUUAAGCCGCGCCCACCCCAUUGUGCGGAGAAAAGGAAUCCUCGGCUCGGGCAGGUGUGGACUCGAAACUCCUGCUUCCCUCCCGAGGCCCCGCCUGUGUUCAGCCCGCGAUUGGCUCCUGACCCAAAGAACCGGCUCCAGCUCAAGUGCCAUUGCUUCCAUUUGUGUUUCCACCCGUCCCCAGGGUGAUGAAUUCCUGCCAGGGAUGAGUGCCGCGGGGUUUGCUCCCCGGCGAGCCGAAAAGGGAGGCCAAGGCUCACUCUGCCUCGCCUCCCCUCGCCCCCCGGCAUGGGGGUCUGUGGAGUGUCGGAUUUUGGUCUAUUUCAAACCCUGGGGCAUCUCCGAUCUCUUGCCAGCAUUUUAGGGUGGCGGUUUUUCUUUUGAAAAGUGGCUCGUUGGCAUCAAAAACGCCCUCUGGCCUUAGGGCCUCUCCCGGAAAAUGCAAGUGGCUUGGAGAGGGUGGGCGGAGGACCUCGGGUGCCUCCCAGAACAGGAAGUCCCUCCCUCCCUCCCUCCUACUCAGCAGCAGAUGUGUGCUCCGAUUAUCUCGAGGCCGCCACCUUUCACGUGUCUCUCGGGGCAUGCUGGUCGCGGGUCCUUUUUGUCUUAGCCUCACUUGACACCUGUCGACGACUGGGAGGAGUGGGUGGGGGCCACUGGUUACAGUUUUCAACCGUUGCUCAGACGGGUAUCCAACAGGAGCAGCGCUGCUGGCUUUCCCAGCUAGAACCCCCUUUCUCCGGAAUCUCCCUUUCCCGGGGUGAAAGCGGUCUCCUCUUUCCAUCGCCCACCUUCCCCUACUUCCGAGGAAUCGAUCCUCUAAAGCGACAUUUUAAAAGCUCUCCUUAAAUCCCAGCCCUGUUUUUAAAGGCAGACCUCCCCCCCCUCCCCUCGCCCCACUCACACCCCCUAGUUGUGGGGGAGGGGGCCCCCCUCUCUAGAAUUGGGUUCUGUGUAAUACUAUAAGAAUGAUGUGCCUGUUUUUUCUAAAAAAAAAAAAAAUUAACUUCAGACCUACCUCCAAAGCCCCGCUCCUUGCAUUCUCUCAAAAAACCGUCAACCCCUCCUCUACCCGUGGCCUCUCGUCCUGCCGAAGAUAGUGCAAGACAGCUCAGGGGACUGAAGAAGUGGGAAGGGUUAGUGGCCUCACUGGGUCGCGAGUUCAAAUCCAGCCCCCGGGUAGGCCCCGGGGCCCGUCGGCUGGGCCUUGCUGGAGGAGGCGGCAUCUUGCCUUCUUCAUUCUCCAGUCUCACUCCUCUAGGCAAGGGGUGUGAACGGAACGGAGUUUGGCCUCUGGCGGUGUCUGUGGGGCAACAGGAUGGAUUCUUCCAACCCCUUCAGGGUCCAAAACCUGGCCCAGUUUUUGGGGGGGCGUGGAGAAAAGUGUCCGCAGGGUUGGUAGCAUUCUUGUGCACCGGUGACCCCGAAUCUCCCUUGGCCGCAACCACAACCCCCCGGGACGGGGGCGGCGUGGGCGGCCGGCCUCAUCGGGCGAGAGGAGGCCAGGCGUCCCUCCGCUGUCCGAACCUCCCGUCCUUCAGGGGGUCGUGCCGGUGUCUUAAAACUCGCUCUCCUCAUAAGCCCCCCCCCCCUGAUGGCUGGUUUGAGCUCCUGUCUUUUUGUUGUCCGUGCAGCCCGGCCCGCGGCAGGGUGGGGCGGUCCACGCUCAGGUUAGUUUCGUUGAUUUCUGCGGCGGGGGGUGGCGGUGAGAGUAGGACAGCCGCCCUGGUUCUUAAGCCGAUUGGUGUGCUUUGGGGCUUUCUUUUCGGGACCGGGGAAGGGAGGGGUUGACCUUACUCUCCCCUCACCAUGCCCCCCCUUGCACCUGUCCACCCCCCCCCAAUCUGCACUACACCCCACCAUCCCUCACCUCAGCCAGGCUGUAUACACUUGAGUUGGUGGCUUUAUUUCUCCCUUUCCCCAAAUCGUUAAUUUGCAGGUAAUUCUGUCUUAUAGGUUUAAUCAGUUAGGGUUGUUCUUAUUCUGGGGCUUCUCCCAUUGCCUUCUUUACCAUCUUUUUAUUGUGGUUGGAGCUAUGGUGUAUUCUGGCUUUUUUUUUUUAAGGUACUGUAAGAAGCAUUAGUGAAUAAAUAUCAUUUUUUACACAGAAA